AUGUUCUUUCUGCUGUUGCUGGAAGCUCGCAAUGGUCACUAUGUGGCAAUCUCCCACUUUGAAGGGGCCAGCGAGGGCACCCUCCCCAUAGCCCAGGGUGAAGACCUCAGUCUCCCGGAAGAGGACAAAGACGACACUGGUCCCUGGGCAGGCGUGGGUCACGCUCUCGCUCGCUCUCUUUCUACCGCCAUCUUGGUUCCGCAUUCCCCCCACAAAACGCCUGGUGAAGUCACAGAAACCGUCCCUGCUACAGAGCAGGAGUUGCCACAGGCCCAGGGUGAGACAGGGUCUGGAACAGAAUCCGACGGUGAUGAAUCAGUACCAGAGCCUGAGGAACAGGAUUCCACACAGGCAGCCACACAACAGGCCCAGCUGGCAACAGCCGCUGAAAUCGAUGAAGAACCAGUCAGUAAAGCAAAACAGAGCCAGAGUGAAAAGAAGGCAGGGAAGGCUAUGUCCAAACUGGGUCUUCGACAGGUUACAGGGGUUACAAGAGGCACUAUCUGGAAAUCUAAGAAUAUCCUCUUUGUCAUCACAAAACCAGAUGUCUACAAGAGCCCGGCUUCAGAUACCCACAUAGUUUUGGGGGAAGCCAAGAUCGAGGAUUUAUCUCAACAAGCACAACUAGCAGCUGCUGAGAAAUUCAAAGUUCAAGGUGAAGCUGUCUCAAACAUUCAAGAAAACACAGAGACUCCAACUGUACAAGAGGAGAGUGAAGAGGAAGAGGUUGAUGAAACCGGCGUAGAGGUUAAGGACAUAGAAUUGGUCCUGUCACAAGCAAAUGUGUCAAGAGCAAAGGCAGUCCGAGCCCUGAAGAACAACAGUAAUGAUACUGUAAAUGCUAUAAUGGAAUUAACAAUGUAA